CCGCGGGAUUUAUCGCGAGAGAAUCGGCCAUCUUUACCGGUAGCAGUGUUUGUGAUAGUUUUGUUUGUUCAGCAAAUAGGAGUGAUAAUAGGAACUUAAUUUAGGAAUUGAUAGUCAAAUUUAAACAUGGCGUCUAGACAGAGUCGGAAAUCAACGACGACGACGGUCACAGAGUCAACGUCGGGAGAAACGCCAAGGGCCGGCGUCUCACCGGGUCGACGAGCACGCUCACCAUCCCCCGCUCGUAUCACGCGGAUGCAGGAGAAAGAACAGCUUCAGAAUCUUAAUGACAGGUUGGCGGCGUACAUUGAUAGAGUGCGUUAUUUAGAGACUGAAAAUAGUAGAUUACUUGUUCAAGUCAGAUCUUCCGAGGAAACAGUCACUCGUGAAGUUACAAACAUCAAAUCACUUUACGAAUCUGAGCUUGGAGAGGCUCGCAAGCUUCUGGAUGACACAGCGAAAGAGAAAGCGAAAUUACAACUAGAUGCAAGCAAAUACAAAACUGAAGCCGAUGAUUGGCAGGCAAAGUUUAACAGAAGGGACCGUGAUGCUAAAAAUGCUGAUAAGAAGAAUUUAGAGCUACAGACGGAGCUUGGUGAUCUACAGGCUAAGCUGAAUGAUGCAGAAAAUAACCGUAAAUAUGCAGAAGGAGAGGCUGCACGUCUUAGAGGUGAAGUUGCCAGUCUUGAGAGGCAGCUUAAAGAAUUGAAGAAGCAGUUGGAGGAAGAAACAUUAAAGCGUGUAGAUCUAGAAAACAGAAUACAGAGUCUGAAAGAGGAGCUAGCCUUUAAGAGUCAAGUGUAUGAACAGGAAUUGAAUGAAACACGUACAAGAACAACUACGCAAUAUGAUGAGAUUGAUCAAGGAAUACGAGAAGAUUAUGACAGUAAACUCGCUGAUGCACUGCAACAAGCCAGACUAGAACAUGAUGAAGCUAUACGUCAAACACAUGAGGAACUGGAGGAACUUUAUGCUACAAAGGUGAAUGAUCUUCAAGGUGCAUUGGAUAGAAGUAUGUCUGUUGGUAGCUCGUCCAGAGAGGACUACUUGCUGACCAAACGUCGAGUAGAUGAACUCUCAUCAGAAAUUACUAAACUCAAGGCUCAGAAUGCAGGGUACUUGUCUAGAAUUGAGGAUUUGGAGAAUCAGCUAAGAUCCGAGUGUGAUAUGUUUGAGCAGCGCUUGCUUCAGAAAGACACAGAGAUCAUGGAUCUCCGUCAAGCCCUUCAUGAUCAGACCAAGGAAUAUGCUGAUCUCCUUGACGUCAAGCUUAAAUUAGACAUUGAAAUCAAGGCUUACAGACAGUUGUUGGAAGGGGAGGAGGAGAGACUAAACAUAUCUGCAACAUCAUCAGACAGCAGUACCCCCAAAAAAGGUCGAGGCUUGAAAAGAAAACGUGUGACUUUAGAUGUUAGUGAGUCGACCAGCGCCAAAUCUGGUUACGAGUAUGAAUCCGAGGCCGCAGCUAAAGGUGCCAUUGAGAUCCAUGACACUGACCAUGAGGGGAAAUUUAUAAAGUUGUUUAAUACAGGAGAAGAGGAUAUAGUACUUGGAGGAUGGAUACUCAAACAUGAAGCUGGAGACAAAGAAACCGUCUACAAGUUUCACAGGAAUCUCAAACUACCUGCAGGACACUUUGUUACUGUUUGGAGUUCUAAUGCUGGACAGACUCACAGUCCCCCAUCUGACCUCGUAAUGAAAGGCCAGCAAUGGUUCACAGACGAGGAAAUGAAAACCACACUACUUCAUGAAGAUCAGGAAAUGGCAUCAAGGGUGUUAAAGAAGACACAGCGUCGUGUAACAAGAACAUACAGAACCCUCCGUGACGGAGAUGAUGAUGUUGAGGGGAGAGAAAAGUGUUCUAUUAUGUAAAGAUGAGGAUCAACUAGGCAGCUAUCAAAUAUAUAUAUCAUGUGUGAUCAUCUCAACAUACUGGAAACAUCAGGGACAGACACACUGUUUCAUCAUUACAUACAUGUUCAUGUUAACAGUCUUGAUACAUUUACCAAUUAAGACUUCAAAAUAGGAAAAAAUACUCAUUUUGUCAUGACUAUCCUCAUACUUCUUCAUGAAUUAUGAAUGAUUUUGCAAAAAUUUACUUUACAGCUAGUGAAAGAUAUGAAAAUAAAAGCUGUGUAAUGAAAAAUAAUGCUGUGCUUCCAAAUUUAUGACUAAGCAAAUCUGUUGUAUUUUUGUAUUUUGAAGUUUUAAAAGUAAUGAUUUUUCGGUUGUUGAAUAGGGGGUUUGUAAGUUACAGAAUUUGUAUAGUUUAAUGAUAUUACUGAUAUCUUUUGUAAUUCAUGCUAAAUUUUUAGUGUUUAUAGGCCACUAAUGUUUUAAGUAGAAUCAAAAAGAGUAGAGGUUUUUAUUGCUGUGUCAAAUUGUUACUUGUAAAAAAGUUCAUUUCAAAUUCUAUACUGAAUCCAUGACGCAAACUAGUGUCUGUCGUUUAUGAUUAUGCAUGUUCAGAGCCAUUGUUUAUCUUUAUAACUCCUCAAUACAUUUAAAAUGCAACUAUGUAAAUUAAUUUUUUAAUGUCCAUUUAAUGGUAUUUUGUCAUGGUUACGAGAGUGCUUGUCAAACAAUAAAAUUGGUCUCAUUUUUAUCGUUUUUUUGUCAGGAAUGAAGAUUUUAUAAUGAUAGGGUAGGUAAUAGAGAUGAGCGAGAAAUUAUGAGAGAAUAUUACAGCAAUACUAUUUGUAUAAUCAUAUUACUCCCACCGACUUAACCCUUUCUAAUACUCCUAGGUUUUAUUAAUACAGGGGCAUAAAGUGUAUAUCUUUUUGUCUACAAGAUAUAUAAAGUUAAAUUUUUUGUAUCCGAAGGUUGUGAAAGAAAUGGACCAAUAAAUAAAAGGGUUAUGUUUGUUGUGUAAUUGUUUGAUAUAAAGAUGGUAGAGUUGAAAAGUUAAAAUAAUGGCUAAAUUUUCAUCAUAUAUAUGUAACUUGAGUAGUUGAUUUGUUGUUACAUUAACCAAAAAAGGGACUCAUUGUCAUUUUUAAGCCCCAGGAAUCUCAUUUUGAUGUUUUAUUUUAAAUUGCAUCAUACAUAUAUGUUGUACAUAGGCUAUAUGUAGUUAGAUAAACUAACACUAUGUUUUAGAUUUAAAAAAAAACACUAAAUCAUGGAAUAGAAGGGAAAAAAUCAUGGAAGAAAGGAAAAGAUUUUUUAAACAGUUGACCCUCAUAUAAGAAUGUCAGAAAAACAAAAGCAAAAGAAAAACCAAUGGAAUCAUUAUAAAUUGUGAAUAACAAGAGGUUGUAGAUCUUGUUUAUAUCUAAGUUUUUACCUCAGUUCCAACCACCAGUGAUCAAAGUUUUUCUUUCUUAUGAUUUAUUUACUAAUAUUUUAUGAGUGACUUAAGUUGUGAAAUUUUAUUGUUGAAAGAAAGUUUAUCAGUUUGAUAGAUAUUGUUUGUAAUUUUAUAUAAAAAAAUCAUUUUAGGCCAAAAAAAGUAAUUUAGUUAUAUGUGUUAGAAUUGUGUAGAUUUCAUCUAGGAUAAAUGUGGAUAAUGUGAUGACAUUAGAGACAAAUUGUUGAUGGUAGAAAAAUAUAUUAAGUUAUAAGAUGCUUGUUAUAUCCUUCAUUUUAUAUUCAGUGUUGUAUUAUUAUGUACAUUAUCUUGCUUUUAUACAUGUAGAUUUAUUUUGAUGCAUUUUUUUUUUCUAAAAUAUGUAAUUCUGUCACCUUAGAGCAGUAACGUGUUAAGUCUUCCUAUAUUUAAUAGAAGUUAACCUGCUACUGCACUAAGCUGAUAGUAACUAGAUUCAUUUUGUGUGCUUGGAAGAGAAUUUUCCCUCACAUUUCGUCUUUUUUUAUUCUUUACAUUUUUUUUUAUUUUCAAAGAAGUAACUGUAAGCUGUGAGUUAUAUUAUUUCUGAAUUCAAGUUAAAAGCCUGAAACGUCUUAAAUUUAAUUUAAUUUAUUUAUAUAUAUCUCAAGAUGCGUGGAUAUAUGUUAAACAGGGUAUAUUGCCGUAAAGGUCUUUGGCAAGAAUUUGUAAAAGAAAAAAAAAAACACAAAAAACUUUCUAUAAUGGUGCUUAAUGAACCUAUUUGUGCAGAUAUAUUUAGAGCAUCUGCGAUCAAGUGAUCAAAAUUGUCUCUCAAAUCAAGUUGGAAUCCUACAAUAGUUUUUGAAUUGUUUGGUGCGAGGAAGCUAUCCAACUAGCUUACGAAAAAUAAGUGGAUUUACUCAGGUGCCCACUUGUCAGUUAAAUAAAGCAUUUGAGAGGCACUUUAGGUUACUCGCCACCACUUAAAUGGGAAUUUGAGAGGCACUUUAGGUUACUCUCGCCACCACUUAAAAUGGGAAAGUCCACAUUUUACCUUUACAGUUUCAGGUUGAUAACAAAGAGAACAUAUGUGAAUAAAUAAUAGUUGUGAUACUUAUAUAUGGAUUCCCUCCGUAUCUUCUUAUUUAGUUAACUGUAUUUUACUUUAGAAUGAACACCUCUUUUUGAAUUCCUUUGAAUUUAUUGUUAAUGUUUUUAUAUAAACCACAAAAUAAUUUUUUUUUUCAAGUUAAUAUAUUGAAUUAUUUUAGGAAAAUUGUGGGGAAAAAACACAUCAUGAUAGACCUAAUAUCAGACAAAAAAAUUUCAGUUUCAUUGUUUUUUUUAAACACCUUUUUGUGCCUUACAAACAUACGUUUUAUUGUUAAGACAAAUAGUUGUUCAAAGUUUAAACCAGUUCUUGUAUGCUUGUACGCUGAUCAUUUUCACAAAAAUUUGAAUAAAUCGAGGGUUUGGUGCAAAACAGCUCUAACUCUCAUUACAUAAUGGAGUUACAUCCAUUUUGCACUGAUCCAUUAAUAUACAUGUGUACUAGUGAAAGUAUAGAUAAGAAAUUACAGGAGUUGUUGAUAUAACGAUAGGUUGUUGUCUUUUUUAUCAUAUAGUUGUAAAAUGUGUCCUGUGUAUAAAUAAAUGCUUUUUAUUUUAAUUUACACAUUUAAAAUUUCUAGUUUAAUCUUCAUUUAUUCGUGUAAAAUUUGUGCAAUUUUUUGUUCAGUUUGUGUAAGAAAAAUAUUUUAGGAAAGUAAAUCUUUAUAUUUAAACAUUUCUAGUGUCAAUAAAAUCAUUUAGUACCUUGUUUAAAAAACAUCAAAACUUGACUCCUGUGUCUGGUGAAGCUUUUUUAUAGUCAUUUACCAUUUUGAUAAUUUUUUUUAUUAUUAUUUUCAGGUUUGCAUAAACUAUUACAUUAUUGUGAAAUCUUUGUAGUCGUUGCUUCCAUUAAACUUUAAAGCCUUAGAUACACCACUUAUUUUAGCAUUUCUAAUUUCUUGUAGGUGUUGUUGUUUUUUUUUUAUUCAUCAACAAUCAGGACCAAUAUGUAAUAAGUUAAUUUAAAAAAUGAAUUUCUAAAAUAUUGUUAUAACGUAUGUUGAAUACUAAGGCCCUCUGUGACCAAAACCCACAGAUGUGUCUGUUAAACAUUUUGCGGAAAGGACUUUUUUGUAAAAAUAAAUUCUUUGCGUUAAUGGUAAUAAGUUAUUUUAGAAAAAUUUUCAGUGUUUUUAUCGGCAGUUUAAAACAAGGUAUUUUUGUGCAGCCUUUCUUUUCUGAUAUUUGCUUACAAACAUAACCAUAUUUAUACCUGGUUGCUGAAAUAGUCAUUUUAUGUGCAACAGUCUUUAUAUGACGAUGUUAACAUGUGUGAAAAAUGAAAAUAAAAAACCCCAAAUGAUUGUGAUGUUUUUAUAGCUCUAUGUAUAAAUUGUUAUUCCUUUUUUUUUUUUACAUAAUUUUUUUUUUAUUAUUUUGUCUUGAUUUUUUGUAAUAAUUUCCUUUAAUCAUGACUUCAUUGAAAAAAAUGAUGAAAAGAUUUAUCUUUGUUUUUUUAACUUCCUUAAAUUCUUUGAUAUGAUAUGCAUGUUGAUAACUUGAAAUUAAUCUUUAAAAAUUCUGCCGUGGAUUUAUUUAGCUAACACUUCUUUGCUAUAGUUUCUUCUCUGUGUGAACAGUUUAUUAAUCUGUCGUCACCUUAGUGCAAUAAUGGGUUAACUCCUAUUGAUUAUAUAAGAGGUUAACCUAUUACUGCACUAAGGUUACAACAUAGUCAUUUCAUCACAAGGUGGUUGCUUGGAUUAUUUCGUAUAUUCCUUGCUAUUCCUUCAUUUAAAUAUAUUUCAAGGCAAAUUUUAUAAACCACUUCUUACAGGUGUAUUAUUUUAUGAUACAUAUUUGGAACCUUAAGAAAUAUUGACAUUUUGAUAUUAAGGUUUUGAUUUAUAUUUUUAACAUUUUUUUCCAGAAAAAAAAUAGGACAUUAAGAGUUCAGUAAUAAGAACAGUUAGUCAUGACUUCCUAUUAGUUUAUGUUAACCUUUCUUGUUUACCAUUUUAUUUUUCCAUCUGUAGGAUUUGCACUUUGGUGGUAGACUUCAUGUCAUAUUCAAGCUUUUUAUAUGUAAUAAAAUAUCUGUACUAAAA